AUGUGUCUAGAGUCAGAUCAUUUGAUCAAGACUUACGUGUCAUCAUCACUACCGUCUAACGAUGACUUGCUCUAUCCGGCUAAGCUCAAUACGGUACGAAAUAUCACGGAAUCGGAAUGGGAUUCACUUGUGAUGAUGUCUGAUGAAGUCCCAGUACUGGUUAUGUUCACAUCAGACCAUUGCAAACAUUGUCCCAUGAUGAAUCUCAUACUGAACAAAUUGGACUUGACAUACUCGGGUAGGUUCAAAUUCUACACAAUUGACUUUGACAAGGAGCCAGUCAUCGCAAAACGCUACUACGUGACCGAGCUCCCGACCACUUAUAUAUUCAUAGGCGGAUCCAUAGAGGCGGAAGUCAUCGGAUUUGAUCCGCCGAAAGUAAUGAGUCUCGUGAACCUAUAUGCAAAGGAAUGA